CUUCCUGUUUCAAAGAUGGCCGACCGCUCACAGAGGGUCACAGAAUCGCACGGGUCACAGACUUCUCCGUAACACCGGUUCAGACGGUGAAUCUUCACUUUGUGGCUCCUGAUGGAGAGAAAGUGAGACAGGCUGCGGACGAUGGAGAGCCAGGACGAGCGACAGACAGGAGCGAUCCAGGCCGAGUAUUUCCUCCUGAAGGCCCGGCUCGCUCUGGCGACGGCGAUAAUAAAGAGCAAACCGCGCGGCAUGACCGGCAGGCAGCACGCCGAGGAGCUGGCCGCCAUGUUGGAGCGUCAGGACGAAGGCUGGAAGAAGAAAGCUCAGGAGCUGCAGCAGGAAGUGCUGAGGCUGAGACAGGAAGUGCUGAUCAGCAAAGUGACGGCCAACGCCAAGAACAGCAUGGAGGCAGCAGGUCAUGACGAAACAAUGGACAUCAGUUCUCAGGACCUGUUUGGUCCAGAGAGUGUCGGGUUCAGCGCCGGCCUCCAGCCGGACAGCGACUCCGACACUCCUGACCUCCUGCUCGACGACCUCCGACCUGCCAUCCCGUCCCAUCAGCCACCUCAGCCGCCCGUUCCCUCCAGCGAUGACGGAGUUCCUCGUGGGAAGGCCUCGCUCCCUCAUGUGCACUUCCUCCAGUCUCUGUGUUCGCUCCACCGAGUGGAGGAGUCCAGCAGAGGGUUGGAGUCGCUCUGGUUCCAACCUGACGGGGGCGUAGACUCAGUGCUGGUGGACUCUGUGUGCCAGCUGCUGGACUCGGUGGUGGCGGCGUGCAGGGAUCAUCUUCCUCUGCCGGGCCCUUGUGACUUCGUCCUGGAGGGCUGUCGGGUCGCAGCACAGGCGAUGGAGCUGUUCUGCUCUCAGAGGCUGCCGUCUGUGGAGUUCAUGCGGCGGGUGGAGGAGCCGCUGACGGCGCUGACUGGGAUGCUGCUGCAAAGUAAUCAGCUCAGCGGGCUCCGGGCGGCAGAGAGGCUGAUGGAGUACCUGAUCACACUGGGGAGCUGCAGCAUGUCGCAGGCCUUUCUCAUCCGUCACAUCCUCUCUCAGAUCAGCGCUCUGGCUGAUCAGCUCUGGCAGGCUUUCCAGGAGUCGGACACCUCAGGACUCGAAAAGUUUCCCAUGGACCAGUAUCAAAACUCGUGCUACCUGUUCUGGAUCCUGGAGGAACUCCUGCAGAAGUCAAAGGUACCGUACAGGGUGGAGGUUGGGUCGGAGCAGAUGGGCUUCCUGAUUCACCUGGAACAACGCGUUUUUCAAUUGUCGAGGGAGUUUCCUUUGUUUUCCAUCUGCAUGUGGAGGAUGGGAAGACUCCUCACCUCCUCUGGCAGAUAGGAUACUUAAAGUGGAAAGAACAGGGAGGCCUGCAAUAAGAGGUUUGUUUUCCACUGCUGCAACACCAAUGACCAGCAUCUAGAGACACCUGUGCUGUUGCAGUUUGAAGAGACUGUCAGCUUCAAUUUAGUCUGUAAAUAACAACACAGAACAAAACAUAUGUAAUGAUGUUUUUAAUCUCUUUACAGCCUUAGUGAGAUUUGUAUUUCCAUGUCAGGAGGAAAAUAUUCCUCAUAAAAAUGUUUGUGCGGUCUUUCAGGCUUAGUUUGUUUUAAUUUGUUAAUUCUGCUAAGUGGUUUGAAAUGCAAAACUGCACAACUGAGUGCAACAAAUAAAUCCAAUAUAAUAGUCAUCUACUGGUUCAUUCCAGCAACAAAUGUUUCUGUAAUUGAGUAAUCACAAAAGUUGCAUCUGACUUGAUGUUGAAGUGCUGCUGUUAAUCGGGUAAUGAGGCUGAAACGAUCGCUGUUAAGUGUUACUACAAAUCUGGAUUCUGCUUUCUGUAAUGGAUCAACGAGGAGUGCUUAUUUCAUUUAUGAGUAACGACUGAGGUUUUAAAUAUUAUUAUUCCUGGCUGUGGUGAUGAGUAGCUCCCUGCAGGAGUUCAGUGCAGAUCUUAAAAUACUACAGAAGUGUAACAAAGAACAUUUGGAUCAUUUCCAGUGUUAAAACUUUAGAGAACGAUGUGAUGAAACAGUAAUGAUUCAUUUACAACACGGUAUGUUUAAUUGCACCAACUGUUGUUUGCGCUUACAGUAAUUAUACAAAUAUAGAAAAACAGAACGAUGAUAAAAACAACAGAAAGGUAAAGUAGAGCGACAACAAUAUGACAGACUGAACUGAAUGCGAUUAGCUGAUAGUAAACCAGAUCAAUAAUCAAUAUGCAACCAGU